ACUUCAACCUAUUUUUAUUUCAUUUUUGGCUGGAAGAUGAGAAUCCCGCGCGUUUAAGAUUCUGGUGCAGUUCCGUUCCUCCUCGAUCGCUCUCGAUUCCGCUUCGGAAUCGUCAUCGUCUUCAAUUCUCUGAUGGCUUCUUCAACCUGCAAUUGCAGCAGCUUGCAUUGCUUGUUUCGGUAAGAUCCGCCACAAAAUUCGACUGUUCCAAGCUUUCCUUUAAUUACUGAAUCUUCCGAGUUCACUUCCGAUUCUCGCAAAACCUAAAGAUUCUUCCGAUUCUUUCCGAAAAUUCUUCUUUACCAGGUCUCUCUCUCUCUCUCUCUCCUUCUGUCUUUACUUUGUUUAUAUGUGUUUAUGCGUCUUAGAUUUAGUUUCACUUGCUGGUUUCUAUCUGUUUCUUCCUUGCAUUUAGAAGAAAGUGUGGUAAUAUCUUUAAAAGAUUAAGAUAGUGGAAUUUGGAAGCUCUCGGACAGGGUUUUAUUUUCCCUAACUAAUUUUCAGCCGUUGAAAAUUGAUUCAAUUAUUGAUUUGAAAGUUAAUUGUGUGCCGUUGCAUGAAGAGUGCAAUAGGAGAUUAGAAGUGAGAUUACGGUACUUUCUAAUUUUGUAUGGUCAAAACGUGUGAAUGCUUCGGUGGAUUAAAUUUGCUAAAAUUGAUAACUAAGCUUAAAGGAUAUGUAGAACUGGAUUUUUGAAAUGGCAGAAGAUAUAACUGUCAAAUGAGAGAUGUUUCUAAAUAUAAUCAACCAAAAGGACUGGAGAAAAUAUAGCACCCGAAAAAUCCGAGUUGAUUAGAGAUGGAGAAGGAAUUUAGGCUGUAAAUUUCUUAUCAAGGACCGAGUUAUAUACAGAUAGAGGAAGAACAGCAGCUAAUAAUCUAAUCUUGUUUUUUAAAAUUUAUUGCGCGGAAUAUUCUCUGCUCUUUUUCUUUUACUUAUUUUCUUCCGGAGGAGGACGGAGAUCGGUAAUCUGAUUCCGUUUAAGCGCGGCGGUGAGGAGCAGAAGCACAGGAGAGAAGAUUAACAGAGACUCUAAAAUCGAACAACAUAGAUUCUUAUUGGAGUUCAAUCUGUGGCCAGAAUUAGAGUUCCGCCGCUUGCAGGACGAGCUCACACGGACGGUGGUGGCGCCGAAUCGUACGGCAAUAAUAGAGUGCAGAUUCAAUCAACGAGAAUGUCCUCGGAAAAAGCAGGGAAGAGAAAAGGAAAAUUAGUUUUUGUGUGAGAUUAUUUCUGAGAGAAAAGGAAAGAAAAGGAAUCGAAGAGAAAAUAAUGAAGAUUGGAGCGAUGGAAGAUGUGGCAAUAAUUGGAGGAUUGAUUUCAGUGCAGUUCAUAUACGCUGGAAACUCGGUAUUGCUAAGUUAUUUGAUGUCGUUAGGGCUCAAUCCUCUCAACAUCGUCAUUUAUAUUGCCUCUGCCACAUUUCUAUUUUUGGCUCCUCUGGCUGUUUGUUUUGAAAGGAGCAAUUGGCCCAAGAAAUUGAGUUUCAAGUUGGUGCUUCAGCUUGUUCUGAUCUCCUUUGGCGGGGUAACUUUGUUCCAAACUCUGCUAUUAGAAGGGAUACAGCUGACUUCUCCAGCCAUGGCAACUGCCAUGCCAAACAUUGCUCCUGGUCUCAUCUUUAUCAUUGCCUGGUGUUUUAGAUUAGAGAGAGUCAAACUUAGUUGUCUGUACAGCAAAGUUAAGAUUUUAGGGACAUUGCUUUGUGUAGUGGGCGCCAUCAUAAUGAGCAUACUGCACAGCACCAUCACGAUACCGGCAAAAGAGCAGCUAAUUUUUCUUCCUUCAUCUGUACUCUUCAAUAAGGAAAAGUUUAUUGGUUGUUUGUAUCUCAUGAUGGCGGUCUUCGUAUUAUCAAGCAAUGUGGUAUUGCAGGCUACAGCCCUUGGUGAAUUACCCGCUCCAAUGUCGUUGAGUGCUGUAACUUCGUUCAUUGGAGUAUUAACGACUGCAGUUGUACAACUACUGAAGAAUCAUAAGUUAGAAACCGAAUGGUCAACUGUCAACAUGAAGGAUUUACUCUGCUACUCUCUAUUGGGAGGAAUAGUGAGCGGUAUAAGCUUGAGCUUCAACGGGUGGGCAAUGAAGAAAAGAGGGCCAGUUUUGGUGUCAAUUUUCAGUCCUAUUGGAACAGUUUUCUCUGUCAUUCUCUCUGUCUUCACCUUAGGAGACACUAUUUCCAUUGGAAGCCUUUCUGGUAUGUUCUUGAUGUUCUGUGGGCUCUACUUUGUGCUUUGGGCAAAAGGAAAAGAAGGUUACUGUGAUGGGAGUGGCUAUCAAAGUGAUGACUUUGAUAUUGAGAAACCUUUACUCUCUUGAACUUUGUAGGUGUAUCUGCCACUUCCUUUAUCCUAUAUGGGGAAAUUAUAAUGGUAAGUGGACAUUAAAAAAACUAAAGAUGAAAAACUAUAUUUUAGGUUGAGCGUCAGUAAAUUGUUUGUAACGGUUAGGUUUUACUGUUUGGGGUGGGACACAAUACUUUGAUUGGCAAGAACUAGAUUGCAAGUCAAGAAUUUCAUUAGUACCAAAAGUUCGUUAAAAAAAGAAUGUGUAUAUAUGUAUAUUAUACGACUGACUGUAAUUAUUAGUAAAUUGAUUGGUCGGUUUUGGAUUGAUCUUUUACUC